UAUAUAUAUAUAUAUAUAUAUAUAUAUAUAUAUAUAUAUAUAUAUAUAUAUAUAUGUAUAUAGCCUAAUUUAACUUUACUUCUCCACUUUCUUCCUGACUGGUUUGCUGUGUUAGAUGACUGAAGGUAAAUUACACUGUUUUUAGAGGUAUCACAAUAAAGAUCAAGAAUUCAAAUGAAUGCAAAAUAUAUUCGAAUGCAUAAAUAUAUCAUUCUCCCUGUGCAACAUCACCGCUGACAUUUAGUUUUUACACUGACGCAUAAAAUCAAGAAAUACGCAUUUAGCGUCUAGGGGCAAUAACAUAUUUGUUGAAGGGCUUUUAUUGUGAAAGUAAAUGAUGUUAUGCCGGAAGUGCGUCUAGUUGCUAACGCUACGCUGGUAGCGUUUAGCAACUGGCACAUGUUACAAAAUUUAACUCAGAAUUGUGCUAACAAGGAGAGACUUAUGCGAGACUGAAAUUUGACUUUUAUAAUCGAAAUAAAGUAUAUUUUACAAGCGUAGAAAGACGUUUUAAUUUGCUCCGAUAGUUGAUGUUGCAUUAGGAUGUUUUGGGUAGAGCUAGCUUUCAUGAGCUCAUCUCCUGGUGAUGUUUCUGCUGAUUAAUAAGAGACAGGGAAAGUGUUUGCUAUCAUAUAAAAAUUAAAGUGCAUUUCCUGAUGGCUGCCCUGCACCGACUACUUGUGUUACACCGGGUUUCUGAAAUCCAGAAACAGGGUUCAGGUCUGAUGCAGCUCAGGAGGUUUGCAUCCACACUGUGGAAACCACCAAACAGCUCAUUUCUGAGAGGAAGGACAACUAUCUGCAGCUAUAUGGAUAAAAAUAUAGGGGACCCAAGUGUUUCUUGCUCUAAAAACUACUCGAGUUCAUCUAAGGAUGGUGCAUCGCGAGUGAAGAGAGUUUCUAUCGAGGGAAACGUCGCUGUUGGAAAGUCAACCUUUGCAAAACUCCUGCAGUCGGUUUCUACAGACUGGGAGGUGGUGCAAGAGCCUGUCGGUAAAUGGCAGAACAUUGAGAUCAAGACCUCAAAGGAAAUAGAUGCUUCACCCCAAGGAACAGCCAACAACUUGCUGGAGAUGAUGUACCAGGACCCUCAGCGCUGGUCCUACACAUUUCAAACAUAUUCCUGUGUGAGCCGAAUGAGGAUACAACUUCAGGCCCCUCCUGCUCAUCUCCUCAACGCAAAGGAAACCCCUGUCCAGGUGUAUGAGCGCUCGGUCUACAGUGACAGAUACAUCUUUGCUCUGAAUAUGUUUGAACUGGGCUGCAUCAACACCACUGAAUGGGUGACGUACCAGGACUGGCACUCCCUGAUGGUGGAGCAGUUUGGACACCGGGUGGAGCUGGAGGGCAUCAUCUACCUCAGAGCCUCACCCAAGGUAUGGAUAUGUGCAUGGAGCGUCUCAAGUCACGGGGAAGACCUGAGGAGGAGGGAGUGAAGCUGGACUACUUGGAGACGCUGCAUAGGCAGCAUGAGAAGUGGCUGGUAGAGAAGAGUACUGAGUAAGAAACACAUCAUGUGUCUGCAGCAAAUAAAUAAAUACAUUUGUGGUAAAACAAAAUUGCACCUUCAUUUUUCUGUGUAUUUCACAUAGUACAAUAUGUUAAAAGUAGUCUGGUCUUUACCAAGUUUAAAGAUAUUUAAAGGGACAGCAUUAUGGAAAAAAAUUUUUUUUGAGCUUUACGUUAUGUUGUAAUGUUUCUCCCUGGAGUGUUGCUUUGAUUUUCUUUCUUGUAUGUUUGAGAAAUUGUUUAGUCUCCCAGGGCAACCCUCCAGCUGUGCAAAACUCCUGGGUGGAUCUAGCUCCUCCUUUGAGGCGCAGCUCCUCUUCAGAGCUGCAGUUUCCAAUCUUCUGAGCUCCUGCCUUACAGAGCAGUCUUCCUCUGCCAUGGCAUCACGGCAUUUUCUGUUGUUUCUGAUCGUGUAACCAAACUAAUUGUGUUGUGAUUUAACUAAUUUUAGAGCUCUGUAAAAGACAAUUGAUUUUUAUUUUGCUCAAAACACGCUUUCGUCUUACCAAGACUGUAACAUAAAUUGAGUAUUUUAGUUUUUCAGUAGUAAUUACUGUAACAGCAGAUGGCAGUCUGCAUUGUGUGGUAUUUGAAGCCUUUAAUGUAUGUGUCUGACACAGCUUUGCUCUUUUUAA